AUAAAAAUAGUUAGAAGAAAUCUAAUUGUUCUUAUUAAGACUAGAGCUAGAAUAACAGAGUUAGCUCAAUUAACUAAAGUCUUCAUAAAGAAUAUUAUUCUAGAAAAGAUCUUAUUUACCUCUAAGUAUAUUACUAAUCUAAAAAACUAUACUUAA